AUCAACCCGUGUUCAGCUUUACAGAAGUCGUCGGCAGCGCUGCACAGGUCACAGGAUUUCACGAAAUCAACAAUGUCACCAAAGAAGAAGUAUGUUUUUGGUUGUGAGGGAAAGAUAACCUUGCUUCCCAAAGAACCCAGCAUUAAGUGGAGCUGUGAUUUUUGUGCUCACGCAUUACAUUGAUGUAUUCUCCAUAUUUGUUAUUCAAACCAUAGAAACUGAUAGUUGCAAUCACUUUUUAUUGGUUAAAAUGAAUGGAGAAUAUCAUGUGUUUUUCUGCAGCUGCUCGAGCCCUCAGGAUCGGAGCUUAUGAUUUCAUAAACAAGGCCCAGUUCUACGCUGGAUUUACAUAUUGUUUGAAACUGAAAGAUGGAGUGGUCACAGCAAUAAUGGUCGCGGUCAUGAGUCGGAACUGCAGGUACUCUGCCUGUCUGGCAAACUGAGCCAAAAUGAAUCGACAAAUAUCAGAAUUUAGGAUUGUCCUACUUGGUAAAACAGGGGUGGGGAAAAGUGCCACUAGUAACACCAUCCUUGGAAAAGAUCAUUUUCACAAAGCAGCGAGCUCUAAGUCUGUGACCAGGCAGUGCAGUCAGGCUACCACUAUUAUUGAAGGCAAAACAAUCAAGGUUGUGGACACUCCUAGCUGGUGUGACACAGAGCUCUCUGAAGCUGAGCUCACGCAGGAGACAGUGAAAUGCAUUGAAAUGUUAUACCCAGGGCCCCAUGUCUUUCUUCUCGUCUUUGCGAUUGGCAACCGCUUUACAGCCAAAGAGGAAAAAUCAGUCAAGAUGAUAGAGGAUGUCUUUGGGGAAGGAGCUACAAGAUACACAAUGAUUCUGCUCACGAGGGGAGAUGACCUAGAGAGCCAAACCAUUGACAGCUAUCUCAAAUGGACUCCAGGUCUUCAAGCCUUGGUUUCCAAGUUCAAUGGCAGGUACCAUGUUUUCAAGAAUAAAGAAAAAAACCAUGACCAAGUGCCCAAGCUCCUGCAAAAGAUGCAAGACAUGGUACAACACAAUGGUGGUGAAUGCUACACCAACUCAACAUACCAGCUACUGGAGAAAUAUAAAAAAAGAGAAGCUGAUGCCAAUAAAAAGGAGAUGCAAGCCAGAGAGGCUGAGUUUAAAAGAAGAGUACAACUCAUGGAACAGGAGCAGCAGCAUCAAAGGUUGAGAGAAACAGAGCCGCAGGGACAAUUGAGUCAAAUUUACACCGUCAAUGUUAUGACUACUUGGUUGGUGCAAAUGCAAAUUGAUGAAAAUGCCAGGAAAGAAAGAGAAAAUGAAAGACACGAGCAUAGACGUAGAAUGGAGAGUGAGAUGCAGAUAUUUCAACAGAAGCAAGAAAUUUUAAAAUAUGAAGCAAAAAUACUCAAGCUUAAAGAACAGCACCGUCAGGCAGAAGCUGAAAGAGAAGAAAUGUUAAGGAAGCAAAGCAGAUGCAUUACUUCAUAAAAAGCUAUUUAAAUGGUUUUUAAAGUUUCAUAGAUUACUGAGCAUUAUCUGUUUUUUUUUUUGUUUUUUUUACAUUUGUUAAUGUAAAUGUCAUUUAACAAAAUGUACAAUAAAACUCUUAUCAAGAUUUGUAUUGUGUGGUGUUAACACAUUAUACAGUUAACAUUCAUAAAUUAUUCAAAUUUUAAUUGUUCAAAGCUACUAGAGCUUUCAGGAACACAUUAGUACUUAACCAGCUGUAAUAUUUUCAAAAGCAACAGGUUUGCUGGACUGUUAGAUAGUCAGAUUUCAAUCAGUAUAGAGGAAAAAAAGUGAAAAACUUUAAAAAUAAAUAAAAUUUAGGCAAGUUAACUUUAAUGCCUCUUAAAAUUGAAUGCCUUCAUCUACAAAAAAAAAAAAAAAAAACCACUACAAAAGAGCAGUCAAUACUGCUGAUGGACUAGAUAGUUGAGGAAAGAAAGGGCCAAAAAAUUAAUUAGAAUUAGAUUCAACCUCAAAUGAAGGACUGUAUAUGGAAAAACUAUAGCUCCAGAAUGAACAAUUACAGGUGGUAUAUAAUAAGUAUUACAACUGAAUAAAGGAACAUCAGGAAUAGUAUGUCUGCAACAUUUCCUAUAAGCCUCAGCUUAAUCUAGAAGCAAUUUAAAGCAACUUUAUCAAUAAUCGAGCAUGAAGUAGGUUUUUAAACAUUUAAAAUUUGAAUGACAAUCCAUCAGCUAAAGAUUCCUAUAUAAAAUGCUUUCAUAAAAUUCUAAAUGAAAAACUAGUGUUUAGUAAGUUUGCAUUUUUGAAUCAUUGAAAAACAAAUGCAGGUUUAAUUUGUUUUUAUUUCAAAAAAAAGAAAAAAAAUUCCAAGUGGACAAAUGCCUGCGUGGUAAUAAUCCACACCAGUGCUAGACACAAAACGUGAACUUGCACCCCUCGACAAAAACACUGUAGUACACAGCAACACCAUGAGAGAAGAUCACAAUAUGGAACAAAUGUGAAGUUACUCAAACACAGGAAAAGCAUCACCCUUCAAUAAAAGCACUUCUAUGGAAAAUUUAGUCUGAAGGUUUACUUCCAUGGAAUUAAAUUGUAAUUCUGGGUCUGAGAAACUUAGUUUUAAGUGCUUAUAGUGCAAAAGAGCAGCAGAUAAGCUUAAACUAAACAGUCAGUCAUGGAUGAAGAAUCUUCCUAUAUGACAUUAAAAAGAUCAAAGGAUCUAAAAUAGUGCUCAUUAACACCACCUACAAGUUGUACAAGAGAUUACUACACCAUCUCAUCCAUUACACAAUAUUAUCCUCCAAUUGGGUCACUGCCACAAGUAAAAAAAAAAAAAAAAAAAAAAAAAAAAAA